AUGAGUAAUUCUAAUUUUAUUCUGAUGGAUGUUGAUUUUUAUCCCUCGUCGACGAAAAACCUUAAGCUGAGCAAUAUUGUUAUUGGACUUAUAGUAGCUUUAUGAUUAGUCGCUGUUGUUAUAGAAGACAUUAUGACAGGAGACUUUUAUGAUGAACAGGUAACGUUCUCAAAAGAAAUCCAAAAGCAGAAUUUAGACUCAACUAUUAAUUUUUUCAAGGCUGUAUGGAUUUUUAUCCCAUUUGUGUAUCAGCUUUAUUUUUUAUAUGCCCACACUGAUAUAGAUGCCUUUGCCGGAAUGAAAAUGAUCAUUGUUGUGUGUACUUUAAUUUGUACAGCAAAUAUGCUAGCUAUGCUAUACUCUAGACCUCAAGUUUAUUGGGAGCAUUCUGAUGUCCAUGGGUGGGAUUGUGUUUUAAAUUGAAAUGUUCCGAGUGAAAGAUCGAUGGUUUCUAUUGGCUGUGUUUAUUAUUCUAUAUAAAUUAACUUAUUUGACAAUUUAUAAUACAAACAUCUUAUUUUUCAAUAAAUUAGGAAAAAAGAUUUUAAUAGCAAAAUAUUGCUUAUAAAAUUAUCAAUAUUUCUUUACAUUGAAAUUAUUCAAUUGCAAAAGAGAUAAACUAUGAGAAAAAGCUAUUUUUAUUGGAGUUAACUUGAUUUGGGUACUCUUUGUAGGAUUCACUGAAAUCUACUUACUCCCCCCCCAAUCCUUGAUCGAACGACUCGCCAUCGUUCGAUCAAGGAUGGGGAUUAAAAAAAAAUUGUUUGGGAAAAAAAUUUUAUAUUAAAAUAAAAAUAUAUAUAUAUUAUUUUUUAUUUACUUUUAAAUAAGAUGGUUAAGAGUAUUUAAUAAUUAGUUUUACAGCAAAAAAUUUAAUUAAUUUCAUAAAAAUACCAAUUUUAAUAUUUUGAUUUAUUAGUUACCCCUUUAAACUGUAUAAAUUUUAAUCUGUUCCUUAUUAAAUUAAAUUUAUUUUUUAAAAAAUUUUAAAAAAUCUCUAUUUUAUUAGAUUAUUAAGUUUUUAAGCCUAGGUUGAUGACUAAAUCACUUUGAAUGGUUGAUUCCAAAGCUUUCUGUCGUCUUAAAGUCUCUGAAAACAACUUCAUUAUGUACAUCUUCCCAAGCUUUUGAUAACUAAUAUAUUUUUAUAUAUAUAAAAAUUGUCAUGAUAUGAAAAUCGUUCGAUCAAGGAUGGGGGUUAAUUUCCCAAAUUUUUAGGAAUUUUUACAGUCAAUCGUUCGAUCAAGGAUUGGGGGGGAGUUAGGUUUGAAUGGAAUUUUCGAUAUAAUAUUAAGCUGGCUUUAUGGACUUCUGGUUGUAGUUAUUUUUAUCUAUUUUGAUAAAUGGAUCAAUAAGCUGAUAAUGGAAAUCUUUAUAAAAAUGAAGCCAGGGCUUAUUUUUAUACACUGCGCUUUUAUGCUUGGCAUUGCAGUCGGAAUUAUCCUAUAUGAAUUCAGGGAUGCAUACAUGCCAGAUAAAUGGCAGAAAAAGGUAAAUUCCCAUUGUCCUGACUCAUUGGAGAUCUCUGACAGCAAAGAUAUUGCACAAAAUAAUCUGAAGAUGGUAAGCACAUUAUCUCUUUCUACAGGUGCUUUGCUGGGUAUGGCAUUUUCUUAUAAUAAAAUUAAGCAAAAAUGAUGGGGAAGUGUCAGCACUUGGCAUUCCAUCAUAAGACUAUUAGCAUCGUGGAUUUAUUUUAACAUUUUGAAUAUGCUGAUUGUGAUCAUCCAAAAUGCCCUGCCUUCUACUUCUUCAUCUGUGACUGAUACUUUACACAUCACAGAUUUAAUACGAAAUGCAUAUAUAGUUCUGUUUUAUGAAAUUUUUAUUUAUUAUCAGAUGGGAUGAAUGCUAACUUAUCUGUACCCUAUGGUCAUGAUGGUUAUUAACUCAUGCACAGCAGAAACUGUUCCUGAAGAAGAAAAAGAUCCUAGUGUCUCAAUGGAUGUAAUUGAUGGGGCUAUAAACUGAACGCAGCCUAAUUCUAUACCAAUAGGGUAUCUUAUUGAUAGCAAUCAGACAAUUAAAAUUAAAUUUCAUGAUAAGUAAUUUAAUAGAAAAUACUAUAAAUAA